CAAAAAAGCUUUAAGAGUUAGACAACUGGGCUUAUGUGACUUGCCCAGGGUCACAUGGCUAGGAAUUAAUCUAAGGCUAUAUUUGAACCCAGCACCUCCUGUCUUUCGGUCUGACUCUCUAUCCUCUGAGUCACCACUGCUCCACAAAUGAGAUAUUUGUAAAACCCUCAGCACAGUUCCUGGUGCAUGAUAGGUCCUAUAUAAAUGAGAUAUAUUAUUAUGCUUAAUUAUGAAUUCCCAUACACAGAAAUAGUCAAACACCGUAGCAUAGUGUUCAAUAAACCCAACCCAGAAAUUUCUGAGUUAAGGACCCUGUAUUUGACAAAAACUUCUGGAACAACUGGAAGAAGUCAGGCAGAAAUUAGGGUUAGGUCAACAUCUCACAUAAAACACAUAUAUAAUACUGUUUCAUCUCAAGAUAGGAGUUAUCAAAGGUAAAACUCCCACCCUCUGACAGCUGAAUGAAUCAACAAGCUUUGGGAAGUGAUCCAACUUGGCGAUUUAAAUGCUAAAUUUAAAGGCUGAGCUCUGUAGAAAUGAGACCAGGCUACCUCAUUCUAUGGCAAAAGGAGAAUUCAGGCUUUUGCUUUCCAUUUAUUGCUGGAUUGUUAAGUUCUCUGACCUCAUUCCAUCUUCAAAGAAGCCUUAUCAACUCUCCCUUGGUGUCUGCCAUGACAUCACAGACUACCCUGACAACUGCCUGGGAUGUCAACAGAAUGCUGGUGUUGUUGAAAAAAGAUCUAGCAGGAGCUACUGUUGUCCAUCACCCCUGAGGAGUAGGGGGGACUGCCAUUGAGUUAAAAUGGAUCUAAAUUUGGUAUCAGGAAGAACUUGCUGAGAUUUAUAUGGGCCCAUACCUGAUCAUGAAGAACCAGGGAGAUGCUUGUUAGUUGGGUAGAGCUGGGCUCAGCCCUUCCUGGAGGCAGGGGAAGAGAAGACAUUUAGGCAUUUGGUCCCAAGGACCUGGGAGAUGCCAAGCCAAUGCAGUGGAAAUAGAAUCAUUCUCAGACUACUGAGAAUUUGGGGGAAUAAACGACUUUGAGUGAACUUGCUGGCUUCUAUGUAGGUUUCAGUCCCAGACAGAAAUUGACAACUUGCAUCUGGGAGAAUUUUCAAGAAAAAGCUUUAGGCCACCUCUCCAAGCUUCUCCUUUUGGCUACCCUCUUCCCCCAGGAGCUCCGGGAGGAAGCUUCAUUUCCAUUUACCCUCCUUUCCAACAACUCCGAACCUCCACUCGCCAUCCCUAUUCCUGGGCUGUAAGCCUGGUGGUACGGCCUCCCAUUAGUUCUAUAAUCAUCAGCUCCUGGGAAGAGCAACCUGGUGUAGUUUCCAAAGGGAACGUGCCAUCGAGGAGAUGAUUACAGCUACGUCUUCAUUCAUUAAGCAAGCCCCUGUUGCCAUAGACUGGCUGGGCAGGAGAAGGGAGAGGGGGUUGGGGGAGACUUAUUCAAUCAAUCCCAUCUCCCAGGGCGGGUACAGGCAACAACAGCAGUGGCGGCGGCAGCAGCAGCAGCGGCGGCGGUGGCAAAUAAACCUCGAGAUCCUUUAACCCCCGUGGCUCCAGGAUCCUCCCAGGCAGCAAAGAAGCGCACUUGUUUUUUUCUGCCUAAUGGGGCACCACGGUCCUGGCCAAGGUAGAAGAGGUGGAGAGGGCGACUUUUUCCUGCAGUUACAGAGCUGGCAGGAGUCUUUGCCAUGCAGGCUGGAAUGCAGCCUCUAUCCCCGCCGCCCUCCUGCCUCUCUCAGUGGCAUUAGCUCAUCGAGGUCCAGCCGCCUGGAAGUUAUACACCUGCUCUAUGUGUGUGUGCGUGUGCUCGUGUAUGUGUGUGUGUCUACUUCAGCAUUUUCUCCUUGGGGACCUGAACUGGGAUGGUUAUAUCCUCUUAUCUCUUGGUGUGUCUUCUGCAUGCCUCUGAGAACCUUCAGGCAUUCGAACAGAAUGCUGAGAAAGCAGCAGGCCCAGUAGAACACCCUUGGGCGCCCCCUCUUCUCCACCCCGGCCAAGCAUCCCACCCUGCUCCCCAACAAGAGGUGGGAGCUGGGAAGGUGGGGCACAGUCAGCAGGAUCCAUGUGGUCUUCUCGAGGUCCUGGGAUGCGACCGUGGACGGGGGAGAGUGACCAGAGGACUUACCUCCCGGAGGGAUGGUAGGCUCAGGGGGCCAGUGAAACUAACACUGCCGGCUUGGGUACGGAGCUGUCCAGGAAGAUGCUGAAGUUUCGGGCUGAUCGGAGAGUCAGCCACAAUGAAAGACGGAACACAUUUCUGCACCCAGUGACCGGCCAAAUCCCGGAAGAAAACAAAAGAUUUGACUUGAGAAAAUCUGCCUCGGACAUGUCCAGUAAAACUGGUGGAAAGCGUUCGACAACCACCUCUAGUGACACAGUCAACAACAACAUGGUGUCUGAGGUUCCCUCUGAACGGCCCAAUGUCAGGGCACCUCGUACUUCCCGCAAAGCUAUAGCCUUUGGCAAACGAUCCAAUUCCAUGAAGCGAAACCCCAAUGCUGCUGUCACAAAAAGUGGUUGGCUCUUCAAACAGGCCAGCUCUGGGGUGAAACAGUGGAAUAAACGUUGGUUUGUCCUGGUGGAUCGAUGCCUCUUCUAUUACAAAGAUGAGAAGGAGGAGAACAUCCUGGGAAGCAUCCCACUCCUGAGCUUCCGGGUAGGGGCGGUGCAGCCCUCGGAUAACAUCAGCCGAAAACAUACCUUUAAGGUGACGGUGUGCUGGGCAGGAGAGGCCAGGGCCGAUCCCACGAACUGCCUCUCCCUGCAGGCUGAGCAUGCCGGGGUCCGCACCUACUUCUUCAGUGCUGAGAGCCCUGAGGAGCAGGAGUCCUGGAUCCAGGCCAUGGGAGAGGCAGCCCGGGUACAGAUUCCCCCAGCUCAGAGGUCGGCCCCUCAAGCUGUUCGCCACAGCACUGGAAAGGGGCUGGAUCUACUGACAGGGACUCCUUCAGCCUCCCGCAGCCUUGAGAAGCCGGACUCAGAGAAUAUCCCACCUAGCAAACACCACCAUCAUCACCAUCAACCCCGAAACAGCAACCCCAAACCGGAGCCCGAGUCUAAGACGAGAGGGGAAGGAGAUGGCCGAGGCUGUGAAAAGACAGAACGGAAGCUGGAGCAGCCAGAAGUCAAGAAAGAACCUUUGGUGAAAGCCAAUGGUGUCCCGGCUGGACCAGAACCAGCACUGGAGCCAGGUAGCCCCUACCAAGAAGCCCCACGAGUGCCUACUGGUGGGGAGCGAGCGGCCCAACCUAAUGGCUGGCAAUAUAGUUCACCAAGCAGGCCGGGCAGCACUGCUUUUCCACCUCAAGAUGGAGAGAGCAUUGGGCACCGUCGGAGCUUCCCACCCCGAACCAAUCCAGACAAGAUUGCUCAACGCAAAAGUUCCAUGAACCAGCUGCAGCAAUGGGUAAACCUACGUCGGGGAGUGCCUCCACCUGAGGAUCUCAGGAGCCCUUCUAGAUUCUACCCUGUGUCCCGACGAGUCCCUGAGUAUUAUGGCCCUUACUCCCCCCAGUACCCAGACGAUUACCAGUACUACCCCCCAGGGGUGCGCCCAGACAGUAUCUGCUCAAUGCCAGCCUAUGAUCGGAUUAGCCCACCCUGGGCCUUGGAGGAGAAGCGCCAUUCCUUCCGAAAUGGGGGCAGCAAUGCCUACCAGCUACGGGAGUGGAAGGAACCCCCUGGCUAUGGGCGUCAGGAUGGCACAGUCUGGAUCCCCAGCCCUGCCCGUCAACCCAUCUACUAUGAUGAACUGGAUGCUGCCUCGGGUUCCCUUCGCCGCCUCUCCCUGCAGCCUCGUUCCCACUCCGUGCCCCGGUCACCUAGUCAAGGAUCUUAUAGCCGGGCUCGAGUCUACUCCCCUGCUCGGUCACCGAGUGCCCGCUUUGAGCGGCUGCCACCCCGAAGUGAGGACAUCUACACAGACCCUGCAGCCUAUGUGAUGAGGAGAUCUGUCAGCUCCCCCAAGUAUGAUUACCUGGGUGACCGGAGGCCUGUCCCCGCAGGAAUAUUUCCUUACAACUAUCCACCAUCUCCCACUGUCCAUGAUAAAAUGGACGAACUUUUAGACCUUCACUUGCAAAGAAACCUAGAGUAUUUGGAUCAGCAGAUGAAUGAGAGCGAGACUCUCAUCAGUAUGGUGAACCGAAUGGUGGAAAAUUCUUCCCCCAGGGCCCAGCUAUUCAUGCAAGUUCCUUCUUACCCAGAGGUGUUCCGGGAUGGCCUGCACACCUACAAGUUAAACGAGCAAGAUACCGAUAAGCUUCUGGGCAAACUCUGUGAGCAGAACAAGGUGGUGAGAGAACAGGAUCGGCUUGUACAGCAGCUCCGGGCAGAGAAGGAGAGCCUGGAGAGUGCCUUGAUGGGCACCCACCAGGAGAUGGAGAUGUUUGGGAGUCAGCCCACCUAUCCAGAGAAGCUGUUGCAUAAAAAGGAGUCCUUGCAGAACCAGCUCAUCAACAUUCGUGUAGAGUUGUCCCAGGCCACUACGGCUUUGACUAACAGCACGAUAGAGUACGAAACUCUAGAGGGGGAGGUCUCUGCCCUGCAUGAUGACCUGUGGGAGCAGCUCAAUUUGGACAUCCAGAAUGAGGUCCUUAACCGGCAAAUCCAAAAGGAGAUCUGGAGGAUCCAGGAUGUGAUGGAGGGCCUUCGGAAGAACAACCCGUCCCGGGGCACUGACACGGCCAAGCAUCGAGGUGGGCUUGGCCCUUCUGCCACCUUCAGCUCCAAUAGCCCUGCAAGCCCUCUCAGCUCAGCCAGCCUCACCAGCCCCCUAAGCCCAUUCUCUAUGGUGUCUGGCUCCCAGGGAUCUCCCACUAAACCUGGGCCUCAUGAGGAACCUGGCCCUCCUCGGCCUCCCCUCCCCAAAGCGUAUGUCCCCCUGGAGUCUCCUCCAACAGUCCCUCCGCUCCCUAGUGAGAGCCGCUUCUGGCCGCACCCCAACUCUCCCUCCUGGCACCGAAGUGGCGAGACAGCCAGGGGCCAGCCAAAGGGAAGCUAUGAGCAGGGCAAGAAAGAAACCCAGCAGACGUCAGCUUUGGAUGUCUCCAGGGAUAUCAGCCUCAUGCCCACCAGACAAGAACUGGAGGCUGAUAAGCAGGCAGCUCUCAAUAAAGUUGGCAUUGUGCCCCCUCGGACCAAGUCACCCACUGAUGAGGAGGUAGCACCAUCAACGGUGGUGAGAAGGAGUGCCAGUGGGCUUCUCAAUGGGCCCGUCUCCCGGCAGGAGCGUCCCAAGAGUGCAGUGUUUCCCAACGAGGUGAAGGCCAAGAUGAGUGUGGAGGAACAGAUCGACCGCAUGAGGCGGCAUCAGAACAGCUCCAUGAAGGAGAAGAGGCGGAGCCUACAACUCCCAGCUGGCCCAUCCCCUGACCCCACUGCCCGACCCUCCUACAAAGUGGUGCGCCGUCACCGCAGUAUCCAUGAGGUGGACAUCUCCAACUUGGAGGCAGCACUUCGGGCAGAGGAGCCCGGUGGGCAGGCCUAUGAGACACCCCAGGAAGAGAUUGCCCGACUGCGAAAAAUGGAGCUGGAGCCCCAGCACUAUAAUGUGGACAUCACCAAGGAGCUCUCAACGCCUGACAAAGUCUUCAUCCCUGAACGGUACAUUGAGCUGGAGCCGGAAACACCCCUGAGCCCAGAGGAGAUGAAGGAGAAACAGAAAAAGGUGGAAAGGAUCAAAACCCUGAUUGCCAAAUCCAGUAUGCAGAACGUGGUGCCCGUGGGCGAGGGUGACUCAGUGGAUACACCACAGGACCCUGAGAGUCAACUUCAGGAGCAGGAGAAGAGGAUUGAAAUCUCUUGCACCCUGGCGACUGAGGCUUCCCGAAGGGGCCGCAUGCUAUCUGAUGAGAAGAAUAAGGCCAGGAACUUCAACUCCAUCGUUCAGGUCAUACAUUUAUGUGAAAGCCAGAAUUUGAACCCUGGUCUUCUGACCCUCCAUAGGGUGCUUCUCCUGCUAUCGAUAAAUCAUCUUCCCUGAAGAGAUCCUAGAACAGGAGAGUUGUCCAUUGGCUAUGGACACAUUGGGGAGGGGGUAGGUUGAUGGGAAGGAUGGAACAAGACUUGGGGGGUUGGGGGUGUCGGGGAGAAGGCAUCUUCCAGAAUCAGGGCUACAGGGCAUGAGACUGCUAAACUGGUUUGGGCACGAAAGCCCCAGCAAGACGUGCCAACAUUUCCUUCACAAACUGAACUUGAACCUCCAAAGGUCAAAUUCCGUGCUCUGGGCAAAAGGCAACUUCCUGUUUCAGAAGGAAUAAAAACAAAACUCUUUGCUGAAAAACCUUUCCCCAGCCCGGCCCCAGGGCCCUGGCUUUCUCUGCCAUAGGCCUCCAGCCAGAGGUUCCAUGAAAACAAAACCUGAACCGGCCUAUCAGAUUCCCCCUAUACACACACAGGCUUAGGUUUCCGCCCGUGCGCUCGGAGCAAACGGCCACCUGGGUCCUGCCCAAACCCCAAAUAUUUAAAGAAUGGCGCUGCCAAACCCCAACCUCAGCUCCCUGUCCCUGCUGCUUCGGCUCCCCGGCUCUGUGGCCCAGAAACCCACACGGCGGCACCAGAGGCACGGCAGGACCCACCAACAUGUGUGUUAGAGGUGGAGGCAUAGAGUGGAGGCACAGCUUGUGAAAGUACAUGGUCUCUGUGUGAGUGCUCGGUGUGCGUGUGUGUAUGUGUGAGAGAGACAGACACACAGAAAGACAGACUUUAUGCAAGAAAGAACAUUGGACUUGGUAUUAGAAGACGGUGGUUUGAAGCUCUGCCCUGCUACUCAUUCACCUUGGGGCCAAGUUACUUUCCUGUCUGAGAUUCAGUUUCCUCAUCUGUCAUACUGAGGGGCUUGAACCAGGUGAUUGCUAAAGCCCUGGCUCAAAGUUCUGUGACCCUGUGAGCCCAUGACCCAAUUUCUUUUGGAAGUAAGAUACAAUCACAUAAAAAAACCAAUUCUCCUUCCCCCCAAAUACAUGCCUUUUGAGCAGAACUUCUGCCCAGCAUGAAUGCACAGACUAUUACUAUAAUAGCGCUAAGUAAGCUUACACUGGGCAGCCAGGUGGCUCAGUGGAUAAAGUGUUGGAUGCCACUCUUUGAGUUCAAAUCUAGCCUCAAACAUGUAAUAACAGGGUGACCUUGGGCAAGUCAUUUAAUCCUGUUAGCCUCAGUUUCCUCAUCUGUCAAAUGAGUUGGAGAAGGAAAUGGCAGACCACUUUAGUAUCUUUGCCAAGAAAACUCCAAAUGGAGUCACCAUGAAUAAGACAUGACUGAAAAGUCUGAACAAUAACAAAAGAUGUUCAAUGAGGGCAAGCUGGGAAGCACAGUGGGUAGAAUACCAGGCCUGGAGUCAGGAAGAAUCUUCCUGAGUUCAAAUCUAGCCUCAGACACUUACUAGCUGCGUGUCCCUGCGAAAGCCAUUUAUCCCUGCUUGUCUCAGUUUCUUUAUCUGUUAAAUGAGCAGGAGAAGGAAAUGGCAAACUACUGCUUUUUGGUGGAUAAAGCCCCAAAUGGGGUCAUAAAGAAUUGGAGGCGACUGAAGACACCAUCACUGCCAUGCUUAAAGGCAUCCCUCACACAAAGGGGUCCCCACUAGCUUCAUUUCACAAGAACGCCUCAUGAUAGUACUAUAAGACACCCCCAUGGCUUGAGAGAGCGUUGUGUGCUGUGUGUGCGCAUGGGUGACUGUGACAGCGUUGGACAACAAGGUCCCCUUUACCUGGCCUCGCCAGAGAAGCACGGAUUCUCCUUAAGCCUGUUUUCCAGGCAGCUAAAGCCUCUCCCCUGAAUGGAGCAAUCAACAAUCAUUUUUGGUGAGCCUACUGUAUGCCAGGCUCCAUCCUAGCCAAUGCAGAGAACAAAUCUCCUCACCUGCCUGUGUUAAGAGGAGACGGCAAGGAAAUAUGUAUUUAUUAAGCAUCUUCUCUGUUCCAAUUGCUGUGUCAAGGUAAUUUUAUAAAUAUCUCAUUUUCCUGUGGUGGUGGGUGCAAGAAGGAUACCCAUUUUACAGCUGAAGAAACUGAUGGCAGAGGUUGAGUGUCAUUCCCAAAUGUUGGAACAUAGGUCUUUCUGACUCCAGGUCCAGCAAUCAAUUCACUGAGUCACCUACAUGCCUCCAAGGGCAUGUAGGGAUCCUUGAGUGUCUUGAGUGGAAGUAGGAGGAGAUGCUCUUAUGGACCAGAAGAGCUAACAGCAAUGUGGGCAGCCAGGGAGAUACAGAGCUGUUGCUUUUCUUACUUUUUAUUCCUACUGUCUUAGAAGCCAUACUAAGUUCCAAGGUAGAAAAGCAGCAAGUAUUAGGCAAUUGGGGUUAAGUGACUUGCCCAGGGUUACACAGCUAGGAAGUAUCUAAGGCUAGAUUUGAACCCUGGACCUCCCAUCUCCAGGGCUGGCUCUCUAACUACUGAGCUUUAUAUAUAAAUUUCCUUCCCUCAUUAAACAGGGGAUGCCAAUAGGCUUUAUUUACCCUUUACUUAACCCAGGAUCACUAUUUCGUAAUGAUAUUCCAAUGAGCCCCUGAGGUAUGUAUGUUUGCCCCAAAAGGCCCCUGGGAGCAAACACGUUUUUAAUGCUAUGAUUUUAGUUCCCUUUCCUGCUGCUAAUUUUGUUGUUUCAUUCUUUGGUGAGCUGUGUCUUCUUGCUGCUCUGCAUUCCUGCCUUGAUGGCCCAUCUCCCUCCUUCCUAAAUUCUCAGCAUCUAUCACGUAGUCACCUACUUUCUAAGAUUGUAACAAACUUGUUGGAGUUGGAGAUGUGUAGGAAGAAAGAGUAAGUAAAUAAGUAAGAGUAAGUAAAUAAGGCUCUGAGGAAAGGGCUCCCUAUCAGUAAAUCUGAUCCGAUUCAGCAAGCAUUUAAUGAACCUCAGCUAUAUGGAAGAUGCUGGAUGAGUCCUUGCAUUGAGGGCAUGCACUUUAUUAUUAUGAUUUUUAAAAACCCUUUCCUUUCAUCAGAAUCAAUAUUAAUUAUCAGUUCUUAGGCAGAAGGGUGGUAAGGGCUAGUUAACUGUAGUUAAAUGACUUGCCCAGGAUCACAUAGCUAGGAAGUGUCUGAGGCUGGAUUUGAACCUAGAACCUUCCAUCUCUAGUUCUGGCUGUCAAUCCACUGAUCCACCCGGUUGCUCCCCAUAACCUUUUAUUAGAAGUUGCAGAUCACACUCCUAAAAAUUGAACCACCUAGCUGAGACUUAAUAUUUGCUUGAGAACAUGGACUUCUAGGGCAGUUAAGUGGCACCAGGCCUAGAAUCAGAAGGACCUGGGUUCAAAUUUGGUCUCAGAUACUUAACUAUGUGACCUUGGGCAAGUCACUUAAUUCUUCUAGCUCUUCUGCCUUGGAACCGAUAUUGUAAGAUAAAACGUAAGAAAGGUAAGAUAAAAGGUUAGAAAGUAAGAAAGAGAAAAAGAAAAAAGGGAACACAGACUUCCUAGCACUGGUUCUGGUUGCAUGUAGAUCUUUCUGGCUUUUCCUAUUCUCAGUUGUAUCCCAGCUAGUUUAACUUCCUGGGUGAAUGACUCCUGGAUGGUAUAAAUUGAUUCAGCAAAGAUUUAUUAAUUACCUAAUAUUUGCAAGAUGGGGCAGCCAAGUGGUCCAGUGGAUAAAGCACCAAGCCUGGAGUCAGGAAAAUCUGGAUUCAAAUCUGGCUUCAGACACUUACUAGCUGAGUGACCCUGGACAAGUCACUUAAUGGCGAUUGCCUCUGUUUUCUCAUCUGUAAAAUGAGUGGGAGAAGGAAAUGGCAAAACCAUUCUAGUAUCUUUGCCAAGAAAACUCCAAACGGGGUCACAAAGAGGCAGACACAACUGAACUGACUGAACAACAUUUGUAAGGUCCUUUGGGUGUACGAAGAAAUGAUAAAUAUUCCUGUCCUCAAGAAGCUUAUGUUUUUGUGGGAAGAUGCUAUAUGCACAAUGAUCUGUAAAUAGAAAGCAACAUAAACUGAUUUUUGUGAGGGAGAGUGCUAACAACAGAGGUUUGGGUGGGAGGGAAAGCACAGAAAAUGUUCAGAGGUAUUCCUGUGUCAGAGUUUGUGUGAGCAUGUACAGUGCUUGUGGAUUGUCCAGAGGUGGAUGUACCACCAUAUGUCUACACGCUGUAGGGAAUGUGAAGGCAGAUAGAAGGAGUGAAUUCCUGUGUGCAUUUGAGGGUUGCCUAUAUUGUUGCUCAGGGACUCAGGGCAAUGUGAGUACAAGAUGGAUGAGUGUCCCAGUACUCCCAACGUACUCACCAGUGCUAAAUGCUAACCACAUGUCUACAUACGUAGCUUUAUGGCUACAGCCAUAAAGCAAAACCAAAACCCACCCUUUCUUAAGCCCACCUUUCCUAACUGCCAAACAGAGAGCAAGAAGGGGAAGGGAGGUCUAAUGGGGAAGAGCUACGAUCAAGACGCAAGACACCCAGAAUUCCUCUUCAGGAGAAUAAUAUCCUGUGGGAUCCUGCAGAAGUCCUGACCCCCUCUGAACCAGGGGCAUCUACCUGUCCUUAACUUCUUCCUGAAUCCCUCUGGUUCAUUGAGGCUGAAUAAGAACCUGGAAAGUGCUUCAAACUCCACCCUGCUCCCCUUUGUCCUUUUUGCUGCUCUAGCCAAAUAAUACAGUGAAACCUCACUAAUUUGGGCUUCAUUCAGUAAGAAGGUUGUGCUGGGUAUAUACAAUGUCUGAAAAGGAGGCAGAAAUAGAUUCAUUAGUUGACUAAAGACUAUAAGGAAUAUAUUUACAAAGAAUUUGCUAUAUACCAUUACAGAGUCAGGCAAAGGGGGCAAGCUGGGUGACUCAAUGAAUAGAGCACCAAGCCUAGAAGUCCUAGGUUCAUAUCUGGCCUCAAGAGACCUCCUAGCUAUGUGACCCUGGGCAAGUCACAACCCCAGUUGCCUAGCCCUUACCCCUCUCUUCUGCCUUGGUACUGAUACUUUGAUUCUAAGACAGAAGAUAAGGGUUGUUUGUUGUUGUUGUUGUUGUUGUUUUAAGGCAGGCAAAGUUGGAAAGACCCUUAAAGGUCUUGAGUCCAACUCUUUAAAGAGUGCAUUGUCUUUUUCAUGUAAACUAAUAGCAUAUAAGCACAAAUUACAUCCUACUAAUAUUUAUUGAAUGUUAAUAAACUCGAUGAGACACAGAAUUUAGAUAAAACAUAGUUUAUAAUCUCUGAUCUCAAAAGCUCAUUCAAGCAGGUACAUAUUGUACCCCUGCCCCCCAAAAAAAUUCAAGUAUAGACUAAUUUCCACAAUGAGUCUAUACUUGAAUUAUUUCCAAGACACAAAAGAAACUCACUUGAGAUAUUUCAAGUGAAUUUUUAAGAUGACACUGAAUUAUCAGCUUCCAAAGGUACUCAAAUUGAAAAUGGUUUUUUAAAAUUGAUCUAGACUAAUUCAGCUUUUCUACUAAUUGAGGUCCACUUGACUUAGACCCUCUUCUUGGGGGUGAAGAGGGUAGAAACAAAAGGUUCUAAUUAGUGAAAUUUCACUCUGUUUUGGAUAUAAUAUAAUAAUUGCAAAUAUUAUGUGAUAUAAUUGCAAUCAUUAUUAGUUUGACUUUUCAUUUGUAAAAUGCAUCAUUGAAAAGCCUCUACAUAGGUUACCUAUCUCAUUGUAUCCCCAGAAAAGCCCUUUAAGGCAGGGGGAACAGAACUCCCUGAUUUGCUCCAUUAGUCCAGUGGAUCUGUGAUCUCAUGAAUAUGGGAAGGAGUAUUCCCUCCAUUCAUUUGGAUCACAACCUAUCUGUAACUGCCCAUCCUCAUUUCACAGAUGAGUGAAUGAUGGCACAAAGAGAGCAGAUGACCUACCCAAGGUCACACAUCAAGCUGCCACUGCAGCGAGAUUGGACCUCAGGUCUCCUGACUCCCAGGCCCUCAUUGACUUGCCCAAACCACUGAGCAACACCAGCCUUGCCCUUCCGAGUGAGGGGAGCUUUGCCUGUGCUUGGGCUGGUUCACCAGCUGCAAGCCCCGCUUUCCCCGCUUGCCUCGACACCCUCAUCCUCUCCCCUUCUUGGAAGGGGCCUUGUUCCUGGUGCCCUCAUCCCCCCUCCCCAUCCCCUCUUUCCCUCC